GGAGACUCGCAGGGGCCGCCUGCCCUGGGCCCAGAAGCCCCCAGGCCAGCCACCAGCAGCCGAGCCCUAUGAUGUCAGCGGUGCCAUCACCAUUUUAAUGAGGAAGGAUCUGCAUUUCAGGGAAGUAGCGCUGUCUAAAAAUGUUUACCAUUAAUACUGAUAUAUUGCCAAUGAAACCAGUCGCCACUGAACCUGUACUCUGUGCAUCAGAUGCUUUCCAUGCUAUCUCGUGGAAUUCUCACAAGCACUCCAUGAGUUCCACGGGACCUCAUGCCCAUUUAGCAGAUGGGAAAGUGCAGGCUAAGGAAAAGGUGGCGACGCGUUCCAGGUCACACAGCCAGGUAGUAGUGGAGCCUGGAUUUGAAUCUAAGUCAGCCUGUUCCCAAAGGUGUGCCCUCCUGCCCCUGCCGCCAGCUUCCCCCCCAAACAUCUGUGUGCCAGUCUCAGCCUUCAGGGGUCUUGAGCCCAGGCACUUUUAGAACUUUCUGGUUAAUUUCCCAUCAACACUGAUAAAUGUUUCACAACCCCUGAGCCUAUGUUCUGGAUGUCUGCUUGAAAGCUGUAAUAGAAUUUCUUCUUUGCUGAGCAACACACAUCAGAAAUUUCUCAGAUACUAGUUUUUUUCUACUUAGUUGGUGGGCUGAGGAGAAUGAUUGAUGCUCACUUAUCUGGGUGAAAGCUCUCUGGCCUUGGUCGUCCUGAGCCUUCGUAAAGAGAGAGGGAGAUGCUUGUAGGGCCUGGGUAUCUGGGGUCCCGAGUAGAGGGGCGGAGCCUGUGUCCAUGGACGGAUCCUGGGUGUGGCCACGUGUGUGCUGAUGGGCAUCCCUGGUGACGGUGGCCUGGAGAGGUCCAUGGCCACCAAGGGUCAAGACCCUCUGGCAGACAUGGAAGCAGGUGCCCAUGGCUCUCUCUGCAGCCCCGGUGUUCUCUAAUCUGAGGCCUCCGGGUCUUCAACCAUUCCUGGCCCAGCAGGGAGCCCCGACUCCUGCCAUCUCGGUCGUCUUCCAUGGCCUUGCCUUUCUUGACCUCGGCCCUGGGAAUGGCAGGUUGUGUAGCCAACAGCCUUGCCCCUCCUUGUCUUUAGGGCUCUCUGCUCCCACUCUCGCGCCCUCACCGGAUGUCCAUGUGGGGUUUAGCAGCUCUAACCCACCACUGGCAUCGUGCCUGACCCUGGUGAGUCCCCAGCUAAGGAGAGGGUGUGUUCCUUGCCCUCAACGAACCUGAAGUUGUGGUACAGAGACAGGACACACAGGCACAUACGUGGGGUGCUUCAGUGACAAUGGCCAGGAGAGGACUCUGAAGGGGGCCGUGUUUUUCGACUUGAGAAAGAUGACCGUCCCCCACUGCCAGGAUGCGUGCGCCGAGCGGUCCUACGUUUAUGCCGGCUUGGAGGCGGGGGCUGAGUGCUACUGUGGGAACCGGCUCCCAGUGGUGAGCGUCGGGCCAGAGGAGUGUAACCACGAGUGCAAAGGGGAGAAGAGCUCCGUGUGCGGGGGUGUGGGCCGGCUCUCCGUGUACCGCGUGGAGGAGCUGCAGCCCAGCUCAAGGAAGCGGAGGACUGUCACGUACCGGGGCUGCUUCCGACUGCCAGGGAAUGUCACACAUGCCUUCGCCGACUCCCUGGUACAGGCCAACAUGACAGUGGAGACGUGCUCGGGGUUCUGUUCCCAGAAAGAGUUCCCCUUGGCCGUGCUCAGGGGCUGGGAGUGCUACUGUGCUUACCCCACCCCCCAGUUCAACCUGCGGGAUGCCGUGGACAGCUCGCUGUGUGGCCAGGAGUCCGAGGCACAGAGGCUGGCAGAGUACUGUGAGGUCUACCAGACCCCCGUGCAAGACACCCGGUGCACAGACCGGAGGUUCCUGCCCACCAAAUCCAAAGUGUUCGUGGCUCUGUCGAGCUUCCCAGGAGCCGGGAACACAUGGGCGCGGCACCUCAUCGAGCACGCCACCGGCUUCUACACAGGGAGCUACUACUUUGACGGAACUCUCUACAACAAAGGGUUCAAGGGCGAGAAGGACCACUGGCGGAGCCGGCGCACCAUCUGCGUGAAGACCCACGAGAGUGGCAGGAGAGAGAUUGAGAUGUUCGACUCGGCCAUCCUGCUGAUCCGGAACCCAUACAGGUCUCUGGUGGCUGAAUUCAAUAGGAAGUGUGCCGGGCACCUGGGCUACGCUGCUGACCGGAACUGGAAAAGCAAAGAGUGGCCAGACUUUGUCAACAGCUAUGCGUCGUGGUGGUCCUCGCACGUUCUGGACUGGCUCAAGUACGGCAAGCGGCUGCUGGUGGUGCACUAUGAGGAGCUGCGGCGCAGCCUGGUGCCCACGCUGCGGGAGAUGGUGGCCUUCCUCAACGUGUCCGUGAGUGAGGAGCGCCUGCUCUGCGUGGAGAACAACAAGGAGGGCAGCUUCCGGCGGCGCGGCCGGCGCCCGCAGGACCCGGAGCCCUUCACCCCGGAGAUGAAGGACUUGAUCAACGGCUACAUCCGGACCGUGGAUCAGGCUCUGCGUGACCACAACUGGGCGGGGCUGCCCCGGGAGUAUGUGCCCAGAUGAUAGGCCCCGCCCUCUGUGCCCUCCCCGCUGGGAGCCACGCCCCCACGGGGCUGCGCACGCGCUCAGAUGCUAGGCGGGGCCUCUCGGGGAUCCUUGGACGGAAGCUUCUUUGUCUGGAGUGGCGAGGCCCGCACUGGGGCUGCCUCCCUCCCGCGUAAGGAGAUCUGGACCCAAGCCCCAGUCAGGAGGACCCGAAGUCACAGGACAGACGCAAAAGAACACAUACUCCUGGCCAGACCCGCCUAGACCUGCCACUCACCCGCUCACAGUGCCCUAUCAACGUGCCUAAACCACCACCCUGGGUGUGCCAGGCGCUCCCAGACUUGGAGACGCCAAUGUCGAUGCAGGCACGCAGACGCCGGGUUAUGUGUUCCUAGGGGCUGCCUGUCUGACACAGACACAUGCAGCCCAGGCUCUGGGAGGCUGCAGGUUUCCUGUUUCCACCCCGGUGCAGACUUGCUGGUCAGGGGCACUUGGCUGUGGCAUGCUGGGCUCUGAGCAGCAAGGCCCCGGCCUGGAGAUGGGCUUGCAGAUGGUGGCUGCCGGGCUAGGCACUCCUGCCCGUGCCUCUGCAUCCCAGUGUGUGUAGUGUGACGCCAGGCACCGUCAGUUCUGCAGCCCAGCCUCUCCCUUCUCUGCGGAUGGGCUGGUGGCCCCAAGGGCAGAGUGGAACUGCCCCCCCCCCCCCAACACACACACUCCGACCUCAGAACCAGCUGCAAGCUCUGUGCACCCCUCACCACCCUAAUAUCAGCGCUCUUGGGAGUAGCA